AUGCCUUCCUACAUUGUCAAGCUCAAGGACGACGCGACCCCAGAGCAGGUCCAGGCUGCCAAGCAGCAUGCCAAGGAUCAGGGCGGCACCAUCGGCCACGAAUACACGCUCAUCAAGGGCUUCUCCGUGUCUUUCCCAGAGGGUUCGGUGCAGUCUCUCGAGAAGAACGAGCACGUCGAGACCGUCGAGCUUGAUCAGGAGAUGAGUACGCAGUGA